GCCAAAGACGGCCUUGCAAAAAGCUUGCUGCAUCCCUCUACCUGCGGAUAAAUUUGGCCAGCAUUCAUCGUUAUUGCUCGAUACCUCGGCGCACAGCCAGCUCUUACCUCGCCACCAACCGCCGCACAGCCCUAGCAGCAUGCUGCGCCUCCUCACCACCUGCGCACUGGCAGCGGCCAAGACGUCGCCCUACUCCUUCUCGCUCUCGACCUUCAGCCCGGAAGGGAGGAUCCAACAGAUCGAGUUCGCGGGCAAAGCGGUAGAUAAUGGCCCGCCCUGCGCCGCGAUCACGACGCGCGACGGUGUCGUACUGGCGAAAGCGUAUAAGAAGAGCGACAAAGCACUCGUAGUCGAGGGCCACAGCUUGCACAUUUUGCGGGUGACGGAGACGACAAUAGCAACCUAUGCGGGUCUACCAGCCGACUUCCGCUCCCUAGUGGAUGCAGCGCGAACGAUAGCCAUAGAGCUCGAGAAGACCAACGGCUUCCCGCCGUCGGCAUCGAUGUUAGCGACCGAGGUCGGCCGCCGCGUGCAGGAGCGCACGCAGCGCGGCGGCUUCCGGCCCUACGGCUGCUCCCUUAUACUCGCGUCGCCUUCUUCUUUAUUUCGUGUCGACCCGUCGGGCUGGGUCGCUCCAUUGAAAGCGUGCGCCGCGGGCGCGGGCUCGGCGUCGAUCCAAGCCGACCUGGCGGCCAUUCUGGAAAGUGACGAGGACGGGACGACGGCUAAGCGGCGCCUCGUCGGGCUGCUUACUGCGGACGGCCGCGGCGUCGCCGUGGCGACUGUUUCGUCUGAUCCGAUAGAGAUCGACGUGGACGCGUCGACUGGCGAGGCGGGCGAGGAAGCCGUGGCGCCGGCUGGCUAA